UUUCAGCUGCUUUCACAGGAUUCUCAACACUGGAAUCAAAGACGUUCAGUAAAAGUAAUGUAAACUUGCGUUUAAAUCAGCUCUUCCUGUGGAGGUGAAAUGUGUAAUGUUCCUCCAGUUUACUGGACGAUAUAACAAGCGGUGUAUUAUGUGGAAUUGAAACUCCUUGAAAACAUGGACAUUGGACUCCCCAAACAAUCCGCGCAAAUGGGUGAGAGUUAUUACCCCAUAUCCAUUUAAGGGUGUUUCUUCAACUUCGGGCGUUUUAGCACUGUGGACUUCUUGGAGACAGAACUCCCCUCCCUCUGUCCUCCAUACGACUCUUGGUCCCUCCUAUACGCCUGAUGUCUGCUUUCAUGUGGAGAAUUGUGCAGCAAAUGGAUGUCAUGCAAUAUGGGAUGCUGGCAGAUUUUGUUUCAUUGGUGUCAGAGACCGUUCCAGAACUAGUUAGUCGUAGACAAGGAGUUGAGCUUAUUCUGGGAUUGCGCGCAAGGCUCAUAUUGAAGUUGUGUGAAAGUGAUGACCCUGACGACAUGCUCGCCAUCCAGCCACACCUCAACAGCAUUCAGCUCGUGGAUAACACUGCAGUGGGAGAUGCAGGUGUUUGUUUUGUGGAGCUGGUCCAAAGACUCAUUAAAGAUGUGGAUGAGAGGCUGCAUUUCUUUCAGCAUGUGUUUCCAGUGGAUUUUGGCACUGACUUUGACUCAGCCAUUCAGGUUCUGAUGUGGCAUUUCCUGUCCAGGCUGGCGAACUUACUUCCAGUCCCUGACCUCCAACAGACUUUAGCUUGGCUUGACCUCACGUUGCCUGUUUCUAAAAAUUGUGAGGAGUUCAUGAGUCAGUCAGAUCAUCUGAAAUCACUCCUUGACCACCACAAGAACCUCGGACAUUUAGAAACCAACACUUCACAUCAGCCCUUAAGUGUAGGAAGUUGCAUCCUGUCCACACUCUCUGGUAAACCAAUUGACAUCCCUCAGCACGGUGUAGGUCACGUUCAGAUUUUUAGACAGACUUCAGACCACUUUGAGGAAAGUGCCAUGGAGACAGUCGAAGGGGUGUCUGAAUGGACAGAGACUCAAGUAGGAAAUGUUCAGGAUGGAGAGCAGUUACCUCUCGUCACAGGUUCUGGGCAGAAGAGGGAAGUCAAAUCUGACUGUAAUUUGGAUGAUACUGUGCUAACACUUCAAAAAGACCAUAGAUCCGAAGAUGAGGCAGAGAUGGUGGUUUCAGAGAAAUCAGACUCUAAUGCUGAGCAGUCAGAAAUCCUCUCUCCACGUAGCCCCUCUUUGGCUACUCAAUCAGUGACUGAGAAAAAUACUGUACCAAAAAUACCUUUGGACACACGCAGAUCUGCACGGAAGCCUAAGACCACAUGGAAGAUUAAAAUAGUGAACCUUCAAAAGCACAAGAGAAAGUCAGCAACUCCUAAAAGAAUGUAUGCAAGAAACCUCCAGAAUCAAGCCGAGUUAGAUCCUGUUCCCUCAAACAAGGAUGUCAUCAAAGGCUUUGACGAGUCUGAUUUUACUUCAGAUGAAAGGAACAGAGAUGGAUCCUCUCAAAGCUUCUCAUGCUUGCAAUGCCUGUUCAGUUACUCUAAGGAAGAAAACCUCAGGAGUCAUAUAAAGGAAGUCCACUCAACUGAGGUUAAGGGGAGUGAUGAUGGUGCGGAGGCUGCAGUUGAUCCAUUGUUGCCUAACAGCUGCCACAUUUGUGGUAAAAGCUACCGGUUCCCAUACUUAUUGAAGGCCCAUCAGCGCACCCACACAGGGGAGCGUCCUUUUCUCUGUCCGGUGUCUGAUUGUAACCGUAGUUUCUCCCAUUCGCGAGCCCUGCGCCGCCAUCAACUCGUUCAUGCCUCCGAAGAUGCACAAACAAAAGAUUCUCUGCAGAAAAAAAAGAAAAAACCAAAAAAGAAAAAACCUCAGACCUACAACUGUCUGUACUGUGGAGAGACCUUUAGCUCCAUCGCAGCCAGGAGAGACCAUCACAAGACCCACCCUGAAGAUAAGGUGCAUCGCUGCAACUCCUGUGGGAAGCAGCUUAGCUGUCAGGCAGCUCUUAUUAGACACAAGCGUAUCCAUGAUGAAGAUCGACCCUAUAAGUGCACAGAAUGUAACUCUACCUUCAUCUGCUCAACCACCUACAAACGGCAUAUGUUGACCCACCAGCCUGAUAGACCCUUCCUUUGUACCUGUGGGAAGGGGUUCACGUAUAGGGGUGCUCUUUUGGCUCACCAGCGCAUACAUAUCCAAUCUGAGGACAGACCGUUCCGUUGCAUGGACUGUGGAAAGGGGUUUCUUUACCGUGGGGCUUUGGCGCAACACCAGAGGACCCACUCCAAAGAGAAACCCUUCCCUUGCGCACACUGUGGCGAGAAUAGUAAUACAGAGAAUUCUCUUUGUUUACACUCAACCGGCCAUACCACAGAGAAAAGUUACAAAUGCACCUUGUGUGAGAAGUCAUUCGCGUUCAAAGCCAGUCUGACUCGACAUAAACUUACACACACUGGAGAGAGGCCUUUUCUCUGUUCUGAAUGUGGAAAGGCCUUUUUUUCUAUUGGAGAGUUGCUCAAGCACCAGCGAUACCACACUGGGCACAAACCUUUCCAGUGCCCAGACUGUGAAAAGAGUUUCACUCAAGCCUGCUACUUGCAAGUCCACAUGAGGCACCACACAGGUGUACGCCCCUACUCCUGCUCCCAAUGCAAUAAGAGCUUCUUUAGUUCUUACCGCCUCAAGAGACACCUGCGGAUUCACACUGGAGAGAAACCCUUCCAGUGCUCUGAAUGCGGAAAAAGAUUUCGACAGUCGUAUAAUCUGAAGGUGCACCUACAGAUUCACCAAGAAAAGAAACCUGAAAGUAGGACAGUUAGUACCUUUUAGUACUAUUACAGGCAUUGUAAUUACUAAACGUGAAAGAGGAUCACAGUAUUACAAGGUUCAAGUGAUGACAUACUUUUGCUUUUUGGUUUUAUGUCUGUUCUCACUCAGAUGAGCAAUCAUUAUCAGUGCUCCAGAGUGCCAGAAUAAAAUAACAAAUUAAUAAAAACGGUGUUGUCGAUUUGAUCUGCAGAUUGCUAAAAAUUGCUGGGCUAAAUGCUAAGUGCCCCCAAAGCAAAUCAAAACAAAAGUAUGAGUGUAUAAAAAUACAUAUGCCUAAAACACCUUUUUGCGCCAAUUUGACGCUCACGAACAUACAAUAAGGCGCUUUCGGUUGGGAUAAAUAUUUUAGUUGGUCAAAAACAGCAUGGUUUGAUUAUUUUUCUUAAUACUGCAGAUUUACAUACAACAAGUAUAUCACAACAAGUUAUGUUUGUUUUGUAUAAACUUUUAAACUACUUGGGGCGGGAAAAGACAAUUUGGGUUGCCGGAGACAAGGGUCAAAAUAGAUAAGUUUCAGACCCCACACUGAAAGACAUUGUAUAAUUCCCAAAUAGUAUCUUCUCUUUUACGUUAAACGUGUCCUGUUUAUUGGAACAAUUUAUAGCAUAGUAAGUCAGUUAUUUAAACAUUUGUUAAAGAAAGAUAACCAAAAUUAUCAUGUAAAAACGGAGUAAUAACCUUCGUUCGUGUCCUCUGCAAUGUGUGUUCUGUCCGCCAGAUGUCACCAGCACAAUGCCAUUUACACGUGUUCAAGGUGCAGUUUUCAUCAUCUCCAGUCGCUUUUAAUAAUGCGACAGACAGAAGGGAACAGGUAUGACAACAUUGUUUCAGCACUGUGAAAAUAUUUUUAAGAUGAGUAACAAGGAUACAGCAAUUGAGUUUAUAAAGUGCGUGAUGUUGCCCAGCACUUUAUAUUUGAAUAUUACUCAGACUAAUAUAGGCUUUAUUCUCAAUUUGACCUCAGCAAGAACAAAUUGCUGAAAAUUUCAAUACAACAUCCACACACAACUGGCAGGAGUGUAUUACAUUGUGCACACCAAAGAAUCACAGACCGAGAAAAUGUUGCAUUUAUUCAUGUUUUAACCUAGAAUCGCUUGAGACAAUAAUAAGAAAUAAUGUAAACAUUUUCAAGGAUGGCCUUUGAAACAUGUUGAAAUAUAGUUUGUUUUCAUCAAAUUAGGAAAGGUCAUAAACUCAUAAUACCAGCCUGAUUUUUACAUGCAGAAAUUUUAGUUGGUAAUGGCAUCUCUCAGACUUUAAAUAGAAUAUAAGGGUGAGUUUGCCAUAAAAAAAUACAAUAAAACAAUGAGUGCAUAUUAAUACAUUUGUUUCCACAAUUCAACAUGUUUCUCUGUCCAUUUGUCUCUCUCCUUUCCCUUGAUUUCACAAGCAAAAUGCAAGCUGUCAUUAAUGGAGUCCCCUCACAGAGAAACAUACAAUCAAUACAGCUAUAUUAGAACACAAAGCAGCAAAGGGCAGACUCAUGUGGGUGGUUGUUUGGAGACCCUUGGCCCAUUCACUCUGUAUGUAAGUGUUUCCAGCUGGGAUGGCAGAGGGUGCCACCUGCCCAGCUGCUGUGCCCUGACCUUCCACAUACAGCAGGAGGGACAGAGUCAUUUAGUAAUGCCAGAGGCACACUCUGCUUUUAAAGAUCCAAAUGACUUUGAAAUUCUGAGUUGGUUUCUAAGAGGAAAAUGUACCUCUACAUCAGCUUUACAUUUACAGGCUGUUUGUGAAGGGUAUAAAUCACACUGAACGAUGGACUGCAGUGAAAACAUUUUAAGUAAACUCAGCCCGAGCAAGUAACAUGUCUGCAUAUAAAUGAGAAAUUUCUGUGGUUAGUUGAUGGAUAGGUUUGUCUGUUCUCAUUUAUUAGCAGUGUUGGUUGUAAUGCAUUACUAAGUAAUGAAUUACUGUAAUUAAAUGACUUUUUCAUAAAAAGUAAGGGAUUACUCUUAAUUCUCAAUAAUUUAAUUACAGUUACUUCUGAUGUAACUAUAGGACAAUUCUAUAUAAAAAACAACA